AAAAAGUGUUACUAUGGCUUUGAUUUUGAUAGACGAUAUGACCAUAACCCUAAUCGGAAAUUCCGAGAUGGAGAUUGUUGCCAAUGGUCCGAGGCAACAUCAGAGCCGAAUCAAAAAGGGCUUUCGAUUAGUUUAAUGAAAGAGGAUUCGAAAGGCUGCAGGCCAGCCUCGAUGUAUAUAAGUGAAUCAUCGCGGUCCAUUCUCCCUUUUGCUAUGAUACUCUAAACACACUUGAGUUCUCGUCGCGCAUCGACGAAUAUACGACACAAGAUGGCUCGUACAGCUGUUUGGUUCAGCCUUUGCGCUCUUUUCUUCCCUCUAGCUUUUGCACAGCUGAAGAUUAUGCCCCUUGGAGACUCAACAACAGCGAUAACGUGUUGGAGGGGUGUGCUCGCGCAGGAGCUGAGGACUGCGGGGGCAGAAAAUUUCCAGUUCGUGGGCACUCAGCGAUCCACGUGCGGAGACAAUGGGGGCCACGAAGGCUAUCCGGCAAUCAAGGCAACAGCAGCACAGUCGGGGCCUAACAUAGGCGGGGCUCCGUGGGACCAAAAUAAGCUUCCUCCUAUCUUGGCCGCACUGCACCCUGAUGUCGUGAUGAUCCUGCUUGGAGUCAAUGAUAUGGCUUUCAGAGGGGACCCUUCUAAAAUAACCGCCGCAUUCGGGAAGCUCGUUGAUCAAAUGCGAGCAGAUAACCCGAACGUACAGGUAGUUGUCGCACAAAUCCCACCGGCGACGCUCACAGACGUCAGGCCGCUCGAUGUGGCAAUUCCUCCUUGGGCGGCAGCGAAGUCGACACCAGAGUCCCCGGUCACUGUGGUAGACUGCUUCACAGGAUUUGAUGCGUCCGCUGAUACUAGGGAUGGUGUCCACUUCAAUGAUAGAGGGGACCAGAAGGUGGCCGCGUGUUUCGCCCCAGAGCUUUAUCGAAUUAUUACGGAAGACGCUGGUAGCGGUGGCGCGCCUGCGGCGAGUGUCUAGGCAAAAUCAAAGGGUCUCAGGGAUAGUUUGCCGUCCACAUGCAAAGAAAUAGCAUUUGAGCGUCGAAGCGGGUUCUAUUGACGGUGCAUCACUUGUUGGCGAAGUUCCAUACAAAUUGAAAUAAUGUGUCUGCAAUUGCCCAGAUAUUCGUAUUGACUCAUCGAAUUAACGUGAGCUGGAAAUAAAGUUUGAUUGUUGCCAUUGGCCAGUGCAAAUCCCAACUAUUGGACCGUGUCAACCCAUGCCGGACAGCUUGAGAACUUUGCCAUGGCUGAACGUCAGACGCCGGAUGGCGGUGUUUAGACUCUUCUCGAGGGCUCUCGGCUCGCAGCCUCAAAUGAGAACACAAGACAUACAAUGCACCUGCAAGGCAGAUCAUGUGACUAACCAACAUGACCUCAGCCAUUUCACUCUUCAUCUAAG